CUCUCUGUCUCACUGCAGGAAGAAUGGCUUCGGAUUUGUGGUCAGAGGAGCACUUGAACUGCCCAGUGUGUCUGGAGAUAUUGAACGACCCAGUCGCUAUUCCAUGUGGACACAGUUACUGUACGGGGUGUAUUAAGAACUGUUGGGAUCAGACUGAUCAUACAGGUGUCUACAGCUGCCCCCAGUGCAGAGAGACCUUUACCCCAAGGCCUGUUCUGCGUAGAAACAUCGUGCUGACUGAAGUUGUGGAGAAAUUAAAGAAGACAGGACUCAAUCCUCCUCCUGCUCAAAGUUAUGCUGGACCUAGAAAUGUGCCGUGUGAUGCCUGCACUGGGAGAAAGUUCAAAGCUGUGAAAUCCUGUUUGACGUGCCUGGCCUCUUACUGUGAAACACAUGUCAAGCCACACUAUGAGGGUGCUGCUUUCAAGAGGCACAAGCUGGUCAAUGCAACUGGAAAUCUGGAGCAGAAGCUUUGUGCAGAACACCAACGAUUAUGUGAGGUCUUCUGUAGAACCGAUCAGACGUAUAUUUGCUGGCUGUGUGCAGACGAGGAACACAAGAGCCAUGAUACAGUCUCAGCUGAGAAAGAAAGGAGUGUGAAACAGAAGCAGCUGGGAGAGACACAGACAGAAAUACAACAGAGAAUCCAGGAGAGACUGAAAGAAACUGAGGAGCUGAAACAUGCUGUGGAGUCACUGAAAAGAUCUGCACAGAUAGAAAUAAAGAAAAGUGAGAAGAUCUUUACUGAGCUGAUCCGAUCCAUUGAGAAGAUCCACACUGAGGUUAUUGAGCUGAUUGUAGCUAACAAGAAGGCUGCAGUGAAUCAGGCUGAAGGACUCAUGAAGAAACUGGAGCAGGAGAUUGCUGAGCUAUGUAGGAGAAAUGUUGAGCUGAAACAGCUUUCAGAGACAGAGGAUCACAUCCAUUUUCUACAGAAUUUCCAGUCUCUCUGUGCCCCUCCUGAAGCUGGAGACUUACCCAGCGUUACUGUCAAUACAGGCAUCUCUUUUGGGGCUGUGAGGAAAGCUGUAUCUGAACUUAAAGGUCAUAUUGAGGUCUUCUGCAAGGGGGAAUUAUUCAAAAUAACUAAAACAGUGAAUGAAACAGCAGUUUAUACCCUGAGGUCUAGGAGCAGUGACAGACGUUUCAAAGUGAAUGAAGCUGGAGUUUACAGUCUGCAGGCUCCAGAGCCAAGGAACAGAGCUGAGUUUUUAAAAUAUUCCUUUCAACUCACACUGGACCCCAACACAGCACAUAGUGUGCUCUGUCUGUCUGAAGGGAACAGAAAGGUGACAUGGAGGAGAGAGACAGAGCGAUAUCGUGAUCACCCAGAGAGAUUUGACCGAUAUUCCCAAGUGCUGUGCAGAGAGGAUUUGUCUGGGUCUCGUUGUUACUGGGAGAUGGAGUGGAGUGGGGUAGGGGCUUUUAUAGGAGUCACAUAUAAAGGAAUCAGCAGGAAAGGAAGGGAUGUUUCCAUUGUCCUUGGAUACAAUGACAAGUCCUGGAGUUUGGACUGCUCUGUUUCCAGUUACACUGCCCGGCACAAUAGCAAUGAAACUUCAGUAGCUGCCCCCCACUCCCCCAGAAUAGGAGUGUAUCUGGACUUUAAUGCCGGCACGCUGUCCUUUUAUGGCGUCUCUGACACAAUGAUCCUCCUUCACAGAUUCCAAACCACAUUCACUGAGCCACUCUAUCCUGGGUUUAGGCUUCGUGCUGAUUCCACUGUAACAAUCUGCCAGCUUAACUAGACUGUUUUGUAUUUCAAGAAAACCUUUGUAUUGAACUCUAUCUGUCCUCUCCACUUCUCGGGUGAAGGGAAUGUUCAAUCUGACACAACUUUGUAUGAAAGUUAGGGGCUAAAAUGGCUCCACCUGUAGAGUGAAACAAGGUGAAUUAUUUGUUUUUACAUUGGGGCAGAGGCAGCCUAAAUUUUACCGUUUAAUCUCUGUUAGGUUAGUGUUUUUGUAAUUGUAAACAUUUACUGGACAGGUGUUUCACUGCCAUUUUGAGAUUGUUGCUGUACUCUUUAGUUUUAACCAUUUUUGUUGCUUUUUGAAUCACAAAUUUAAUUUGUUUUUCAAUACUUGAUGAUUAUGUAAUCAUCAGGUGUUGUUUUUUUAAUUGAUAACUGUCAAUCAUUAGCAACAAAUGGGUUUCACACGAAAUAUGUUGAUUAUUAUUAUUAGUUUUUGCAUGUUAUUUUUCAAAUUAUAGAAAUCAUUUUUUUGUGUUUUUUGUAUAUUUACUGUAACAGCAGCGGGAUGUGUGAGACAGCAGGGAGGGGGUUAAAGCCUCCCUGAAGAGAAAAAAACAUGUAAAAAUGCACCUUUCUUUAGUUUAAUUGUUUUGUUUUAUUGUUUAAUUUAACUGUUUUAUUAUUUAAUUAUCCCCUGCACCUGGGCAGUAAUUAGGAAUUGGGACCAGGGUAGGGUAUAAGAGAGGAUCAGUUAAUCUGAUCGAGGCUGCUGAGUAGAAGGAGGCAGAUGAGGUGCUCUGCUUCCGAGCAGUCGCUGAAGUAAGUGCUAUGAAACCCGCGUAGUUUGUUUGUGUUUUGUGGUGCCAGGUAAACGGCUUAGCCAUCCUGCGAGUUAGUGAGGGAAAUAACCUGUUUAGGUAGCGCUCCAAAGCGGAGCUAGGUGUUUAUUUUGUGUUUUGUUAUAUUUGUUUUAUUUUGUGUUUAUUAAAAAAAAAAUAGCGCGUCAGCGCAGGAAAAUCCAUUUCUGUGUACUGGGUCGUAUUUUUAAAGGGGCACGAACCUGUGAGUACAGUGGCCCUGAAGUGCAAAACACGAGCAAAUAAAAAAAAUACAGACUAACAAAAAAAUGUGUACCUGCACUUAAAAAAAAGCUUACCUGCAAUUAAUAA